GAGGAAAGGGCUAGGACAUGGCGAGGAGCAGCACUGGCCCGUCAGAUAGAGAUCCGUGAUUUUUUUUAUUCCCUCACAUAAAUCCUCGAGGCCUUAACAUCGAAACAAAACCAAGUAUUUCACACCACCACAAUAAAUCGAUGGACUGAAUGAAGGCUGCCUACAACGCCUAUAGAUGCCUGACCAAGGAUCUGGAUGCUUGCGCCAUGAACCCAGAGAUGACAAUGGACAGUAUUGAUGGUUUGCAUAGUGGAAUAAACCAUGAACAGGAUUUGAUGAGCAAUCAUAACCCGGGUCACGAUCGGACAACGGGGGUUUCCUUGCGCAUUCACCAGGAUUUGGCUUGUCUUUCGUCUCGUUCAGCAAUGGUAUCCAGCAUGGCUUCUAUUCUGGACGGGGACUACCGUCCGGAGUUAUCCAUCCCUCUCCACCACACGAUGAGCAUGCCCUGUGAUUCAUCUCCACCUGGGAUGGGUAUGAGCAGCACUUAUACCACCUUAACGCCACUCCAGCCCCUGCCUCCCAUAUCAACUGUGUCUGACAAAUUCCACCACCCUCACCACCCUAGUGUUCAUCAUCAGCGGCUUUCGGGUAAUGUAAGCGGGAGUUUUACGUUGAUGAGGGAGGACAGGGGCUUACCCACCAUGAACAAUCUUUACAACCCUUACAAGGACAUGCCAGGAAUGGGACAAGGUCUGUCGCCUUUGGCCAGCAGCCCUCUUGGAAAUGGUUUGGGGUCUAUCCACAACACCCAGCAGAGCCUCCAUAAUUAUUGUCCACCAGGACACGAAAAGAUGCUUAACCCAAACUUUGAUACUCACACUGCCAUGCUGGCCAGAGGCGAUCAACAUCUUUCUAGGGGUCUGGGGGCUUCAUCUGCAGGCAUGAUGUCGCACCUAAAUGGCAUGCACCACCCUGUCCAGCCUGGUCACACUCAAUCCCACGGGCCCGUGUUGGCUUCCAGCCGGGACAGGCCGCCCUCCUCCUCCGGAUCUCAAAUUAGCAACUCGGGGCAGCUGGAAGAAAUUAAUACCAAAGAAGUGGCACAGCGGAUCACUGCAGAGCUGAAACGUUAUAGCAUCCCACAGGCGAUAUUUGCCCAGAGGGUUUUGUGCCGUUCACAGGGUACCCUUUCAGAUCUCUUAAGGAACCCGAAACCAUGGAGUAAACUGAAAUCUGGGAGGGAGACCUUCCGGAGAAUGUGGAAAUGGCUGCAGGAACCUGAAUUCCAGAGGAUGUCUGCCUUAAGGCUUGCAGCAUGCAAACGCAAAGAACAAGAACCAAACAAAGAACAGAACAAUACACAAAAGAAAUCUCGACUGGUCUUCACAGACCUUCAGCGCAGAACACUUUUUGCAAUUUUCAAGGAGAACAAACGACCAUCUAAGGAGAUGCAGAUAACAAUCUCCCAACAGUUGGGCCUGGAACUGAGCACUGUCAGUAACUUCUUCAUGAAUGCCAGAAGGAGAAGUUUAGAGAAAUGGCAGGACGAUUUGAGUACAGCACCCUCUUCCUCAACCUCCAGCACUUGCACCAAAGCAUGACUGAAGACAGUGCAUAGGAUCUGGGCACAAAUCCACCGUUAAUUAUAAACAGUUAGAUUGGGGCCCCUCACUGGUGAUCAGAAAGCACAGUUGUGGUCACAAGAAGUGCAAAACUUGUAUUUUGAUGUAGCUGAAACUCAUUGUGGUUUUAUACAAGCUGUUUGCUGUUAAGAAUCUACCUUUAAGGGAAACCGUUUCUAAUGAGCAAUGUGAAACCAGCUUUAACUCACACAAGAAAAAUGAGAGGGUACAGCCUUAUUAUUCUUUUAUUGCAAUGGCACUAAGAACCUGUUUACAGUGGAGUUAAGAAUAUAAAUGUGUUUGGGAGCAUAAUAUAAAUGCUUGCCUUUCAACAGUUCAGUGCUGACUCAAGAAAACAUAUACACAUACCCAGUGCAAUGGAAGGAAUAAAUGUGCCAGUUACAUUCUUUUUUUGUUGAUUAUGCUUAAUAAUAUUCAUUGGGGAAAAAGUGAUGGGUGUAGUUCAUUUCUAGCAUAGAGCUAUAUUUGAAAACAAGUUAGCAAUUCAUAUAGAGCACAAAACUAAGCAAUGCAAAAUAUAGUGGUGAAGCAAAUACACGUUUUAUUGUUUAGCUUACAGAGAUUUUUAUCCAUUCACUACAUAGCACAUUUUCUAAGCAGAACAGAAAAAAAGAGUCAGACUGAAAAUGUCAAGCACAAUAUCAAAUACUUACAUACAAACGGUCAUUAACCAAUUACAUAACUACAUUUCUUUGGUUUCCUAAAGAUGAGUAUAUGAGCACAAAUUCCAAAUGCAAACAGACAUACAUCAGACUAUCCACUCAUCAAUGAAAUUGAAUGUCAGAUCUACAAACUACUCUCUCAUUGAUCUUUAAGCUGUUUAAUAACUUAUAUAUAGGCAUUGCAUAAGCUUUAACAACAACUAUUAAGACCAUUUUGCUUUUAUAUUAGCUGACACCACUCACAAAAUAAACAGUGCAUAGCUUUAUUUUUGCCACAGUUGAUUUAGUGCAGCAGUCAGAGGAUGUAAGAAACAUCACAAUACAGAAGCAGUUUAGAAUGCUGCAGCUGGUAGUAAGUACUACAUCACUCCAGACAUAAUUACCCUGUGAGUUGCAGAUCACUUGUAAAAUAUGUGCGCAUUCGCCAGUGAGUGGGCCCUACCAGAGCACCCUUUGCGUGUUCAAAAGCAAGCCAAAGGCUUUAAUGAUUCUUUAAAAACACUUGAGACUUUUUUCUAUGUAUUACUUACUCGAAACCAAAGAAACUUUUUUUUUCUGCACCUAAUUCUUCUGAAACAAACUGUUCCGCUUAGGAAGAAAAAAGAAGAAUGUCAGGAAACAAUUAACACACUGUGUUCCAGUGGACAUUUAUGACACUGAAGGAAGCAGAUAUUAAAAAAAAGGGUUGAAAAAGUGCAAAGUAAUGCCUCAGCAGUUGCUGCUUCAUCUACCAACUUGCGCAGUAUCUUAAAGUUGAAGAUUGUCUUUAAUGUGUGCCUAUGCAGUUUUCUUUUACAAAGAACAAGGAACAGGACAACUUAGACCUCAUCAGCUACAAUACCAAAGAUGUGGAGUUCUUACAACUUUUCUUUCAUUAUCUCUUGCUGCAUGGCUUAGUGCAUCGAGCACUAAUGAUCAUUUUACAGGUAAUCUGAUCUGUUUGUCUCACCGACAGGGGAAAGAAGGGAUGAUUUAAUUCACAGUUUGUAUCAACUUAUUUACUGUAUCCUUCAAAUAAUUCCUCUUACUCAGUGCAUAUGAUGUUGGGAUGUAAACAUCGUCUUAACUGCUGUAUAACAACAGGUAGGGUUAACCAUAAAGCAAUUGCCAUGUAAAAUAUGCCACUUUAUAGAGUCAAGAUAAUAGAUGACUUCAGUGAAAUUACCCACUUUCCAAACGUUUCACAAUACACUGAAGAAGUCAGCAGAAAGGAAGGAAAUGAACUAAAGCUGUUUUAUGCACAAUGAAAUGCCAUUAUAUUCGCUGUCAUUUUUGUUAAAAAAUGUUCAGACAACUACCAAACUAAUUCUGAUACUUGCAACACCUUAGUACCUUAAAUAGCCUCUGACAUAGGAAUCCAAAGUAAUUUACAGCAGACCACUUUACAAUUAAAAUAUCAUUCUAAAAUGAUUUAACAUUUCAGCACUGAACAUAAAUGUAUAUUUUAGUUUCUUACUCAAAAUAAUUAAAACUGUUUUACUUACAAAGUGCAAACAAAAAUAGCUAAAUUAAAAAGCGAUAUAUUUUACAAGGCAAUUGGGAUUUAUGCUCGAAAAGUUGUUUUCAGUAUUUAUUGACUCAUGUCAUACUU